AUGUCGAUUGAAAGUAAUGAUCAAAACAAAUUCAUAUGUGUUUGGUUUGCGGAUAAGUCUGUUCAACUCAAAUCAAAAGUUAAAAUCAUAGAAAGAUUCACAACUUAUGAUCAAUUACGAGAAUAUGUCCUUGAUAAGAAGAAAUCUUCUGUAAUUAUCAUUGUUUCAGAGAAUAUAUCUUUAGAAACUUUCUUGUCUGAUGAACUACCAUCAAUAUGUGCCAUUUACGAUGAUAAAUUAACACGUUUACAUUGUUUACCAGAAUUGAGCUCAGCGGUAAAUGAUUAUAUAAUAAAUAAUCAAAAGGAGGAGAAGAAAAGUGCUCAUCAAUCAAUCUUUCGAAAAUACUGGUUUCUUAUUGGAUUAAUCUGCACCAUUAUUCUGGCGUAUCUAUUUCCAAACGUUGGCAAAGCAGGUGGAUACAUUCGCUCUGAAUGGACAGUUAAAUGGGGUUGUAUUAUCUUUGUUUUCUUUCUCAGUGGUUUAUCGUUACGUACAAAACAACUUCUCAGGGAACUUCUUUACAUUCGUCUUCAUAUCUUUACUCAACUUUAUAGCUUUUUGAUAAUUCCAUUUGCAAUUUAUGGCUUGGGAUUAUUGCUAGUGAAACUAAAUAUCAAUAAAACAUUAGUAUUUGGUGUAAUAAUCAUGGCUUCAACAUCAACAUCAAUAUCGAGCAAUGUUGUGAUGACAAGAAAUGCACUAGGAAAUGAAUAUGCUGCAUUACUGAAUGCUGUUCUCGGAAAUGUUUUAGGAAUCUUUUUAUCUCCUGCUUUAGUAUUUUAUUUCAUGAAGGAUUCAACGUUUGACUUACUUUUCAAUGACGAUAUUACCAAUGGACAAUUACGAUACACUCAUGUUAUUCAAAAAUUGAGUUUAACUGUGUUAGUUCCAUUGAUUCUUGGCCAGAUAAUUCAUAAUUUAUGUCCAAAGCAAGUGAUGCACGUUCGUGAAAAGUUAUAUUUUGGUGAAUUGAAUAGUUUAGCUAUAUUAAUACUUGUUUGGUCGAUAUUUUGCACUGCUUUCGCCAGUCGGUCAUUUGAAGUCAUACCGAAACGAGAUCUUUGUAUCUUAAUUGUAAUUAAUGGCGUGAUCUAUAUCGUGUCUUCCUUGCUAAUUAUGACCACUGCUCGAAUACCUAUAUCGUAUUGGCAAUUCUCUGAACGAGAUACUGUUGCAAUGAUGUUUUGUGGUGCAAUGAAAAGUUUAGUGAUGGGAAUUCCAUUGAUCAAUGCCUUAUAUGGAAAUAGUCAUCAAGAAAUUAGUAGUGUACUUGCGUUACCUUUGAUUGUCAAUCAAGUUGCACAAUUGAUGCUAGGUGCUAUUGAAGUGAUUUUACUGAAACAUUGGAUAAUGAAUAAAUCGCAAGAACAAGUUGCAGCAAAGGAAGAUCUCAAAAUGAAUGAAUUAGAGACUGUCAAUGUCAAAUCUUUGCAAUGA